AUGACCAAUACUGAAGAUUCCGGUGCUGAAAAUGCCGUCCCUCCUCAGAAAUUUAUAUUCUUUUCCGACCAAAUUAUUACGUUUUGUGCUGAUUUUGGCCAAAUGGCUAUUGAAAAUUUCACAGCCUCCAGCUUACAAGUUGAGCUUGAUGAUCUAGAGAGGCGUUGGCGUCAGCUUGCUCAUGUUUAUGAUGACGAAAUGACUUCAUCCGAUUCCAAUUUGUCAAAAGAAGCCAAAGGGGCGAUGCAUGGCAAGUUUUCAGAAUGUUGUCGAUCGUAUAAGGAAUGCAAAUCCUCAAUUCUCGACCUGAUUCAGAUCGAACAACAAAAACUUUUGGGUUCAGUGUCAAAAUCUAAGGAAGAAAAUAAAGUUGCAAGCAAUGACACAAGUUUUUCGUUAAAGAUACCUGCGUGUGAUACGGAGGUCUUCAGUGGUGGAUACGAUAACUGGCCAAGUUUCAGGGAUAUGUUCACUGCUAUAUAUUCCAAUCAUCAAAAAUUAUCUCCAGCACAAAAAUUGUUUCAUUUGCGAGCCAAAACUAGAGACGAAGCAAGCUUAAUAGUCAAGAGAUUUCCGUUAACCGAUAAUAAUUUUGAGUUGGCAUGGGAAGCCCUUCGCCAGCGAUAUGAGAAUAAGCGUAUUCUCAUACAUCAUCAACUUAGAAAGAUUUUCGAAAUUGACCAUAUUUCAAAUGAAAAAGGCAAAACAUUACGGAAUCUCCAAUAUACCAUUAAUAAUUGUCUCUCAGUUCUGCGAACUUAUAGUGUUUCGGUUAUUUCCUGGGAUCCUAUUCUGGUUUAUUGGGUUUCCUCCAAGUUACCAGAGGAAACGUUGACUGCUUGGGAGAAUUCACUUUCCAAUCAUAAAGAAAUGCCAUCCUGGGACCAAUUAGAUUCUUUCCUAACCAAACGGUUGUACAUGAUAGAGUCGAUUUCGGAUAUGAAAACACCAAAAUCCCAUUCAACUUAUUCCCAAAAGACCAACAAUUACAACUCUUCCACUGAUUCUCCGCAUAAGGCAUGUAAAGUAUGCCAACAAUCCCAUCAUCUAAGGUCAUGUUCCACUUUCAAAUCUUGGUCACAUUCGGAAAAACGUAAAUUUGUUUUCGACAGCAAAAUCUGUGAAAACUGUUUAUCAUAUGGCCAUAUCUCGAAAAAAUGUAAGAGCCAACAUGUUUGUCAAACCUGCAAACAAAAACAUCACACUUUGUUACACCCUAAUGAGGGUUCCUCUGUUUCAAAACCCGCGGGUUCUCAACCCAAUUCAAAAUGGCAGGCACCUAAGUCUGCAUCCGCAUACCACGUCGAAACCUACUACGACGAACCGCCCACAACACCCGCUGAAGCUUAUGCAGAUACCUCGUAUGUUCAAUCCAAUUUUGCUCAAUCAGGAGAAAAAACUGUUCUGCCCACCGCAUUGAUCGACCUUGAGCACCAAGGUAUACUAUUCACAAUUCGUGCAUUCAUUGACCAAGGUUCGCAGGAAUCAUUUGUUUCAAGCCGUGUGAUAACACGCUUUAAAAUACCAACCAAGAAAUCCUUUACAACUAUUUCUGGCCUUGGCGGCACACUCCUUGAAAAUUCAUCCAGAAUGUGUGAAUUAACCCUAAAAUCUAGAAGAUCAGAAUUUAAGAUUACCGCAUCUGCCAUUGUCGUUUCUAGUUUAAAUCAGUUGAUGCCAUCAUCUAUUAAUGCAAUAGACGAUUUCACGAAGUUAUCAGGCCUAGAGCUAGCCGAUCCAAACUUUUUCAAACCAGCUCCUAUCGACAUGUUGAUCGGUAGUGAUAUCUUACCAACUAUUAUCAAACCUGGAUUGGAAAAGAAUAUUUCAGGAAAUUUGUUAGCGCAAGACACCGAAUUUGGGUGGAUCGUUAGUGGGAAACCCAAACCACGAUCUGUUGUUUCAUUUGCUUCUUGGACGGUCACGGUAGAUCCUUUGAAUGAAGAGUUAAGAAAAUUCUGGGAAAUUGAGAAUGUUUCAAACGAAAACUGUCUUUCCGAAUCUGAUCUUUGGUGCGAAGAGUUUUACAAAGAUACUGUUUAUCGAAGAAAUGAUGGCAAAUAUGUUGUUCGUUUACCUUUUAAACAGAAUCUGCCAUCUACCCAGUACCUUGGGUCUUCUAGACGUGCUGCAAUGGGCCAAUUUCUGAGGAUGGAAAAGACACUUGAUAAGGAUCCUAACCUUGCUUCGGAAUACAACAAAGUUCUUUCCGAGUACAUUUCCUAA